AUGAGUUUAUCACCUGGUCUGUCUGAUAUUAGAUAUAAACGUCGAACAGUAGCUGACGCUAAAAAGACAGCACAGCUCAGAAAAAUUUUUGAUUGUUAUGAUACUGAAUGUGUAAGUGAAUUAAAUACAGAACAAUUAAGAAGAUAUUUUGCAAAAGAAAAAGGACUGUACUUGUCUCAAGAAGAUAUUAAGAAAAUACUUUCUGAAAUAUUACAAUAUAACUUUAGAUUACCAUUUACAGAUUUUGCACAACUUAAUGAUUAUAUUGAAACUAAUAAAAACAGCUUGAAAGAAAAAAGUAAUGAAAGAAAUCAAUGUUCUGUAUUAUUUGAAUCACAACUUCUUGAAGAUAAAGAUCGAAUUCCUUAUUUUUCUAAUAUUUUAAGUCCUAAAGAUAUAACUUUUGUAACAAAAAAAAGACCAGAACAAAGUCAUUUAAAAUAUAUUGAAGGAAUUUCAUCAAUAGAAAAUGACUCUAUAGUAAAAAUGUUUAUAGAUAUAUUAUUUGCUGAUUUAACUAAUGUCAUAAUGAAGAAAGUAAUAUUUGAACCUCCAAAACCUUUUGAAUCUCGUUAUGUUAAUUUUGAUGGAGAUGAAACUAUAGCAAAUGAAGUCUCAAUUUCAUUAUUAAAUAAUGAUAAUUGUAUUGAAGAUAGAAGAACAUUAAGAGAACCAUUAUUUGAUAUGGUAAGAACUCAAACUAAAUUAAAUAUUACACCUAUUAAACCAAUAACAUAUAAUGUUGUUUCAUAUUAUUUGUGCCAAAUUACAGAUAUUCAAUUUGGAGUAUGUACAUCAGCAAAAGGAUUUAUAGAGCCAUUAUAUGGAUAUUUUGCUGUAUAUGAUUAUAAUGAACAUGAAAAAAAAUUUAUAAAAAUAACAGAAAGUUUUAGAGUUGAUAUUAAUAAUUCUGAUGUUAGAGUUUCUGGACAAUGGAUUACAGCUAAAGAUACACAAAGAGAUGUUAAUAAAUUUAUUCUUCCAUUAGAAGUAAAUAAAUAUAGUAAUCAUGAAUUAAAAGGGGUUUUAACAAUUUAUAAAAAUGCUGAAGCUGAUUUAUUUCAAAGAGAACUUUAUUUUACAGAAAAGAAAAAUAUAAAACCAAGAGAAGUAAAAAAGUUUAUAAUGGAUAAUAUGUAUUUACAAUAUGUUUGUGUUGGAUUUGCAGAUUUUAAAUUUUCAAAUGACGGGAAGUUAAGUGUUGCACCAAGACUAGGAUUUUGUCAAUUAAAAAUGGAAAAAGAAGAAGAUAUAGCAACAUUAUUUUCUCCGUCUGUUAAAUCAAAACAAAUUAAUGGAGAAUGGAAGAUGAAAAUAACGCAAAUUAGUCUUGAAGAAAUGGAAAAUAUAGUUGAUUGGAAUGAUCAUGGAAUUUCAGAAAAUGAAGUUACUGAAAAUUCAACACGUAUUCUUCAACCAUUAGAAAUGAGAGAAAAUCAUUUUUCUCACAACUUAUUUAUUUAUCCAUUAAAAGUUACAUCAUCUUCAUUUUCAUUAAAGAAAAAAUUUAACAGUGCAGUUGUUAAAAUAUAUUUACAAGAUACUCAAACAAUUCCUGAAUCAAAAAGUUUAGAAGUAUUUUAUCCUAUUCUUCCAGGAAGACCUUUUGAUAAAAGUUUUACAACAGCUGCUCCUUAUUCAAAAAAUAAUAUUUAUUUUGAUGAAGCAAAAUUAAAAUUACCUUUAAAUAUUAAUGAUUCACAUCAUUUAUUAUUUAUUGUUGAUGAUGUUUUUGAAGAAGAUCCAAAUACUAAAGAAACUCGAUUUGGAUUUCUUCCAUUAUUUGAACAUGGACAUUUAAUUCAAAACGAUGUUUAUAAAAUUGAAUUAUUUAAAGGACCAAUAAUGGAAUCAUAUUUAAAUGCUAAAAAAUUACCUGAUACAAAAAAAAUGAUUUUACAUGUUCGUCUUAAUUUUCUUACUCAAUUUAUGGUUCAAGAUGAAACAGUAUAUAAAUUAAUUCGUUCAGUUGACACCAAUUCUUUUAAAAGUAUUGAUAAUGUUUUAGAAUUAUUCUCUCAACUUAAAAAGAAUCAACCAUAUAAAAAUCAAUUAAUUCAUUCAUUCCCAUUAUUAAUGAAAUUAAUGUUACAAUUAUUUAAUAAUGAAAUAUCUAAUGUCGAAUCUGGAAAAAAUUUGGUAUUAUCAAUGCUUCAUUUAAUGGAUGCUGUAGAAGAUGAUUCUUUAAAAGAGUCUUUUGUAACAGAACAAUUUAAAGAAGAUUUUACUCAACCUCAAAAAGAAAUGAUAUUUGAUUCUUUAACAAGGUCAUUAGUUGCAGCACUUUCAGUAAAUGGUAUUCAUGUCAGUAUUGCAAAACAUCUUAACUUCUUUUUAAAAAUUAUAAUAAAAUCAUUAUUGUUUUGGAUGCAAAAAGAAGACCUUUUUGAAAAAGAAAAUAGAUUUCAAUUAAUUGCUAUUCAAUAUUCACAAAUAUCAACACAAUUUAAAACUGAAUUAAUUAAUCUAUUUGAACAAUUAGCUAUUUUUAUUAGAAAAUCAGUUCAAUCUAAAAGAUAUUCUUAUUUAAAUUAUGUGAAUUAUAUUAUAGGUCAAUUUUUAAAGGAUUUAUUGAGAUUUUAUUCAAGAACAACUACAAUGGAAGCAUUAGAAUCUUAUAUUAAUACUCUUUCAUGUUUUUAUGAAAACAAAAGUACAACAUUAUUUAAUCCUAAAAACAGUAAAUAUGGUAAUGAAAGUGAUGAAUCUUGGAAAAUUAUUCAAUUGUUAAAGAUUGAUUUUAUUAGAGAUUUACAUCAAUUUGUAUAUUUUUAUGAAAUUAAUGUUCCUACCAUUUCACCAAUGACAUCUUGUGCUAAAUUUAUUGAAAAUAUUUUCAAUAAACAUUAUUUUGUUGAAUUCACUGUUCAACAUUUAACUGAUUCAAUGGCAAGAGAUGAUAGUGUUUGUAAAUAUGCAUUGAUGGUUUUAGCUGAGCAAAUCAUUAAAAUGGAUACUUAUAGAGGAUGGACUGAAGAAGAACGAUCAUGCAUUGCUGAAAUGUACUUUAGUUAUGUAAAUUAUGUUUGUAUUGAGUAUAAAAGAAUGGUAAGUAGAUGGCAUAGAGCCCAAACAGUAACUACUACUCAUGCCCAAGUGGAUGAUGUUAGUACAACAAAUUCUUCUGAAGUAGUGUUAGAACAAUCACCAGAAAUUUCAGGAAAUUAUUUACAAAUACUUUAUUUAUUAUUCUUCUGGGUAUUUAAAAAUCUAUCACAUCAAACACUUUCUGACUUAAUUAGAAAAACAAAUCAGUCUUUACUCAAAACUAUAUUGACUGUUACUAAAGAUGGACUUAAUGUUAUUGGUUCAUUAAAAAACAAUAAAACUUUUCUUAUGAAUGAAUUUGCAGAUAUGUUUAGAAAAAGUAGAGAUGAAUUAUGUGAAGGUAAAGACUUAGGAACUAUUCCUUAUGUCUAUUCAUUAACUAGUUCGUGUGAUUUAUUACUUGGUAAUGAAAUGAUUAUUGACAAUGUUAAUUUGGUUGCAUUAGAAAUUGUUGACACUAUUUUUAAAAUGUAUUUUACUCGGGAUGAUCUUCCUGUUGUUUCUAUACUUUUUUAUGUAUUAGGAAAGUCAUUGUUUAAUACAUGUAUGACAAAUACAUAUUAUCCAUUAUUCCUUUCUUAUAUUCGUUUUAUUAUUCGAGAAAAAACAGAAUUUUUAUUCCAGAGUAAUUCUAGGCUUGCUUUUGAUAUUGUUAAUGGAUUAAUUUGUUUAUGUACUAAGAAAAUUGCUCCACUAAGACAAGAAGCUAUUGCUACUCUCUAUUUAUUUACAAAAAAGGAUUAUGAGAGAAAUGAUAAGUCUACACGAAUUACUCAAAUUCAUAUUAUCAGUAGUUUAUUUGAUCUUCAUCUUCAUUCAAAUGAAUCAAUUUCUUCUGUUAAUAAUGAAGCUUCUGAUGGCUUUAUUCAUAAAGCAAUUGAAUUAUUAGGAAAAUGGGCAAAAGAAGAUUUUGCUUCAAAGAAACGACUUUCUGUUGACCAAACUCAAGUAAUUGAAUCAAAUAAGAUGAUUGAUUCACAAUUAGAUACAUGGAUUAAGUUUAGUGAUGAAGAGAAGUUAAGACUAGUUAAUUCUAUUCAAAAAGAAAUUCAGUCAGUUGGUAAAAGAAGAUGUGUAUUAAGAGGACUAGAGUAUUUAAAAGAAAUAUGGACAGAAAAUAGUAAAGUACUCAACCAAAUUAACAAAUUAUGUACUGAAGUUAUUCCAUUAGUUGAACAAGAAGACCAAGGAUUUAUUCUUGAACGUAAAGCAUCGGAUUUAGCUUCUGAAUGGAUGGUUAGUAUGAGAGAUGCAACUGCAUUACUUACAAAAGAAGAUGUUGAUAUAGAAUCAUUAAAUAAUAUGCAAGUGUCAUUACAAAAACAAACAACUACAUUAAUUGAUUUAAUAAAACAAAUUGAAAAGCUUGGAAGUAAAUUUGAUUUGUCUCAAAGAAAUUUAAUGAUUGCAAUGCAAAUGGUUAUUGAUUUAAAUAAAAUUCGAUUAAAAGGAUUACAAGCAGAAACAUCUACAAAAAAUUCUACACAUGAACAAGCAAUGAAUUUCAUUGAAAAACAAGAAAAAAAUAGAUUAGAAAUUGCUGGAGAAUAUAAAAAAAUUAAAAAUGAUGCUGAAACAAAAGGAACAUUACUUGAAGUUGCUGAAUAUACACUUCAACAAUAUAGAUUAAUGCAAGACAAUAUUGAUAGAAGACACCGCCAAAUGAAAGAAGAAGAUCUUCAAUGUAAUGGAAUGCCAGGAUGGGAAACUGUUUUUGUUCAAUGGGAAACUAUUCUUCCAAAAGCUGUUUCAUUAUUAAAUGAAUUAAUUGAGAUUCAAACAAUAUUAGAUGGAUUAAAUAAAAAUGAAAUUAUUCAUAAAGAAGAUAUUUAUGCCGAAUUUGCAGCAUCAGAACAAUUAAUAAAAAUUUGUGCAUGGUGUAUUGAAGUAAAUGAAACUAUUCAUUUUCCAGUAGAAUGUGUUUCAGAAUUACCACAAAGAAUACUUGUUGCAAAUGAGUUAAUGAAACAAUUUACUAGUAUUGAAAAAAUGAUUCAAUUUGUUAAAACAGAAUAUGGAGAUGCUGAGAAUAAACAACAAAAGAAAUAUAUGUUUGAUGAGUUAUUUAAACAAUAUGUUGAAAAAGAUAAUUGGAAGAGUUCAUUAGCAAGAAAAAUUCAAGAAAUGCAAGAUAUAUACCAAAAAGAAACAGAUAGAGAACAACGAGAAACAGAAUAUAAAAAAUUAUUACAAAGAGUUAUACAACUAAUUCAAAUGGGAGAUGAUUAUCAAGAGGAUGUAUCAAAAGCAUGUGAAAGAAUUAUAGAACUAGAAAAGAUAGAUUCUAAUGUUGUUGAUGUUAUAAGUGAUGAUGACUUUAAAAUCCUUCAAAAAUUAAAAGAGACAAAGAAAGGAUAUUCUUCUUUACUUAAAGGAUUUGGAAAGAAAACUCCAAUGGAAAAGAAAGAAGAAAGUUCAAGUGAUCAAUUUAUUUCUGAAUUAAAGAUUUUAGAAGGACAAACAAAUAGUAUUUUAUGUGAAUUACAAAAACUUAAUGAGUUAGAAGAAAAGAAUUAUGGUAAUGAUGUUGUUAUGGAAAAAUACUUAAGUAUUGCAGAUAAUUCAAUGGAAUCACCUUAUUUCCAUUUAAAAUGGUAUAACACAAUUUAUAUGAAACAAAAAGAAUUAGAAAAUUAUAUGGAAGCUGGAGUUGCUGCUGUUCAUGAAAUUUAUUUUAUUUAUAAAGCUAUUAUUGAACCAAGUGGUAUAAUUCUUAAAGAAAGUUAUUUAAGAGAAAUUACUGAAGAUUUUCUACAUUACAAAACUUCAUCUGUUGGAUUAUCAUCAACUGUACUUGAUGAUAACACUAAUUCAUUUGUUUCAGCAGUUGAUGAUGCUAUUGAAAUGUUUGAGAAAGCUGAUCAUAGGAAAUUUGCAAUUGCAUUAUGUAAUUUUAUAAUUCCAUAUUUUGCAAAUAACCAUGAAUACAAUGCAUUAGCAGAGAAACACAAAAUGAUUCAUAAAAUGUAUUAUGAAAUGAGAACAACUAUUUCAUUACCAUUUUAUUUUUAUUCAGUAAGAUUCCUUGGUAAAAUAUUUAAAAGUCGUGAUAAUGAUACUAAUGAAAUUUUUAAUAUUGUUGAUUCACAAAAAGCUUUAUCUGCAAUAAAACCAAAGACAGUAAAUGAUAAUGAUAGCGUGUCAAGUACUGAUUCUCGUGAAAUAAUUUUAGAUUGUGAAAAUGAAUAUAUUUAUAUGAGUAAACAAAAGUUAGUUGAAUUUAAACAAUAUUUAGAGACUUUACACAAAACUUCAGGUGCUAUUGUUAUGUCUGAAGCUGAAGCUGAAAAAGAACAAAUUGAUCCAAAUGGAGAUAAACCUGUAAUUAUAUUAAAUAAUGUUAAAUGUUUUGUUGAUGGAAGAGUAAGUAAUGACUUUGUUAAAUGUAAUACAUUUGUAAAUGAAAUUGCUAAAGGAAAAGGUGCAGAAGUAGUAAAAACAAGAAGAAUUAUUACGACGUAUAGAUAUUUCCCAUCAGUUAUGGAAAGAGAAGCUGUUAUUAAGAAAACUGAAAUAACAUUAUCUCCAGUAGAAACUGGUAUUGCAGAUGUCGAUAUGAUGAUUCAAGGACUUAAUAAUGAUAUCUGUAAAUUAAAAUCAGAUAAAAAUGCUUCUGUAAGUGGAUUACAAAGAUUAUUAAUGGGUAUUUUAAGUGCUAAUGUAAAUGGAGGAAUUGGAUUAUAUCUAACAUAUUUUUUGUCAAAAGAAAAUAUUCAUAAAUAUAAAGAAAAUGAAUUAGCAGAAUUAUUUUUAAUUAUUGAAAGAAUUAUGGCACUUUCAAAAGAAGGACUUAUGAUUCAUAAAAAUAAAAUGAAAGUUGAAAAUGCACAAAUUCAAAAUGUUAUGGAAGAAGGUUAUCUUCAACUUGAAAAAUUAACAAAAGAAGUUAGAAAAACUUUAACCGAAGCUGGAAUCUUGUGA